ACGGGUAUCAUCACACAAGUGAACCGAAACCGAGUACUGCCAAACUAGCUGAAGCGCGCAGCCUUCGCCACCACACCAAGCAUCUUACCUUCGGGGGGCAGCGAUCGGAGCGGGCCGCGCCACUGGCACCAUCGACUCCUCAGUGGCGGCACCGAGAUGGAGGAGGGAUCGCUCGGCACCCGCGCACGAUGAGGGGAGGUGAAAGCACUGGAGAGUGCGAUGAGCGGGCGCGCGAGCAAAACGGCGGCAGUGGGUGUUGCAGCCAUCGGCGAGAAGGGGGAAGACGAAGAUAUUAUCUUCGCUUCUGGAUAGUGGUCUCUCUUUCGCGGCAAGCGCCAGCGCGGCAACUUGGCGCGUUGACGCUGCACGCAAUUUCAACCGUCCGACCAGCAUCCUAGGGCUUCCUCUCACGAGCGGUUGGCCCUGACCGGCCCACUCGUCUACCACAGAUUUGGAGUUCGACCACGACGACAGAACCCGCCGUCCGACCCAUUCACCCCCGUGGACCGUGCCGGUGCCGCGGCACGCCGCCGCCGCAACGCCAUGGGGAAGCGAUCCGGCGGCCGGAAGCUUCCGUUCUUCACCAGAUCCUCCUCGUCCUCCUCCAAGCGGAAUCGCUCCGGGCGUCGCCUCCCUUCCCCCUCCAAGCAGGACAACGCGACGAGGGCUCUUCUCGCCUCCCCCACCGCCGCCUCGCCGUCCGCGACCCCGGACUCUGCAGCGGCGGGGCAGACCGCCCAGCCGCCCUCUCCCCUCUCAGUCACCGCGGGCGCCGGGGGUGCCUUGUCGGGGAAGAUCACCAAGAAGAAGCCCGGCGCGCGCCUGUGGAUGCGGCUGGACCGCUGGGGUGCCUCCGAGGUCGUCGAGCUCGACAAGGCCACCAUAAUCCGCCGCGCUGGCCUUCCCUCGCGCGACCUACGGAUCCUUGGUCCCGUAUUCUCUCGCUCCUCCAGCAUCCUCGCUAGGGAGAAGACAAUGGUGAUCAACCUCGAAUUCAUCAGAGCGAUAGUUACUGCCGAGGAGGUGCUCCUGUUGGACCCUCUCAUGCACGAAGUGCUCCCUUUCGUUGAUCAAUUGAGGCAGCACCUGCCUCUGAGGAGCCUUGUGGGUGGGAAUGGUGAAUGUGCCCCUGAUGGCAAUGGAGAAAAACAGGGGGGCUCGCAUGGAGGCCAGGUGCCCCGUCUUAAUGAGGCGACCGGGGCAGAGCAUGAGUUUCCAUUUGAGUUCCAUGUGCUGGAGGUCGCGCUCGAGAUUGUGUGCUCAUCGUUGGACCUUAGCGUUGAUGACCUUGAGAGGCAUGCUACUCCAGUGCUUGACGAACUGACAAAGAAUGUGAGCACAAGGAACCUUGAGCGAGUGCGGAGCCUUAAGAGUCAUCUUACCCGUUUGCUUGCCCGUGUGCAAAAGGUCAGGGAUGAAAUAGAACAUCUUCUGGAUGAUAAUGAAGACAUGGAACAUCUGUAUCUAACAAGGAAGCAAGUACAAAACCAACAGGUUGAGGCUUUAAUGUCAUCUGCUGCUUCCAACAGCAUUGUUCUUGCUGGACCUGGUGUGCCCAGGUUGAACUCUAGCUUCCGGCGUAGCUUGAGCGUUGCUACGAGCAUGCAUUUGGAUAAUGAUGUGGAAGACCUAGAGAUGUUACUUGAGGCCUACUUCAUGCAGCUGGAUGGAAUUCGCAACAGAAUCUUGUCGGUUCGGGAGUAUAUUGAUGACACAGAAGACUACGUCAACAUUCAACUUGACAACCAGCGUAAUGAACUAAUCCAACUCCAGCUUACACUGACCAUUGCAUCCUUUGGCAUAGCUGCCAACACUUUCAUUGUUGGAGCUUUUGCAAUGAACAUCCCGAGCUCUCUGUACAACACCGAUAACACCCUCUUCUGGCCAUUUGUCGGGGGUACCUCAUCCGGCUGCUUUGUGAUCACCAUCCUCUUGUUUGGGUAUGCCUGGUGGAAGAAGUUGCUGGGUCCUUGAACACGAAACAAGAUGGCAGAGGGCCUUGUCAUGUUUGCAGAAAGGGAGCAGGCGCUCGAAGGAUAUUAGAGAACCGUGGGGAUAGCAUGGAAACCGUAUAUAACAUCUCACUGAGUGGCCCAUAAGAUGAGUACAUGUGAUUUCUCAUUAGCAUAAAUGAGAUGGUGUUGAUCGAUAUACUUUAUUGUUAACAUCAUUAGAUUAGAUCUUGCUGGCAAUAGAAAAAUGUUGCCAUGCGAUUUUAAGAUCCAGCAACGGUUGGUUUUGCUUACAGAUUGCUUUUCUUUCUAGUCUUGGAGGUGCCAUCUUCGGUGCUUCAGUUUUUGGGGAAUCGGCAGGUAAUGGUUGUUUAGCCGAGUAUAGUCACAUCUAGUGCCCAGUUUACUGGUCGGUCUCCCCCACCUGACGAAUUGUAAUAACUCUCAUGAUGAGUUGGUUGCUCAGUUGAGCCCAAUCUUUGUUCAAAGGAUCAGCUCUUCGAAUAUUUUUGUGAGCGCGUUGGUUGCUCAGUUGAGCCCUA